UAUGUAAUAAACAAUUGACAAGGGGUUUUAUCAAAGCAAAGUUUGUGUCAUUGAUAAUGGUAUAUAAUAAAACUAUAUUAUAGGUACUGGAUUUACAAAGAUGGGGUGGGCUGGAAAUACUGAACCAUAAUUUGAUAUUCCUACUGUUGUGGCAGAUCAUUAAGAAAAAGUAAUUUGAUAAAUUGAUAUUAGUAAAAAGUUCAAAUGAGCAAGAAUACAAAUGAAAAUUUAGAUUAUUACAUAGGAUAUGAAGCAUAUGACUAUACAAAGUCUCACAAUAUCUUUUAUCCAAUGAAGAGUGGUAUUGUAGAAAAUUGGGAUCUCAUGGAAAAGUUUUGGCAUAGAAGUAUAUUUGAUUACCUCAGAGCUGAACCAGAUGAAACAACCUUCAUUUUGACUGAACCACCUAUGGUAUAUAUGCAAUAAUGAUAUAUAGAAUCCUCCUGAAAAUAGAGAGAAUAUUGCAGAAAUCUUUUUUGAAACAUUCAAUGCAAAAGGAUUACAUAUUUCAGUUUAGGCUGUCUUAUCCCUUUUCUCUAGUGCCUUUGCUCCUGUUAAUGAUUUUUAAAAGACAGCAGGAUUAACAGGUAUGGUCUUAGAUUCAGGAGAUGGUGUAACACAUUGUAUACCUGUUUCAGAUGGUUAUGUUAUAGGAUCAUGUAUUAAACAUAUCCCUUUGGCAGGAAGAGAUAUAACUUAAUUUGUUUAAACUUUAUUAAAAGAAAGAGGAGAAAAUAUCCCUGCAGAAGAUAUCAAAAAAGUAGCUAGAGAAGUUAAAGAAAAAUAUGGAUAUUGUAUAAGUGAUGGAGAUUUAAUAAAGGAAUUUUAAGCUUAUGAUAGAGGAGAUAAAAACAAAUUCAAAACAUAUUAUGGAAAGAAUUCUGUUACCAAAGAAAAAUAUACAAUUGAUAUUGGUUAUGAAAGAUUCUUAGGACCUGAAAUGUUCUUUCAUCCUGAAUUCUUAGAUGGUAAAUGGAGAUCUCCUAUUGAUGAAAUAAUUGAUAAAUCAAUAUAAACAUCUCCUGUGGAUUGUAGAAAGAAAUUAUAUUAAAAUAUCAUUUUAUCAGGUGGAUCUACUUUGUUUGAUGGAUUUGCUCAAAGAUUAGAACAAUAAGUCUAACUUAGAAUUGAUUCCAGACUCUAAAAAUAUGAACAAAGAUCUGGAUUUAAAGUAUUAGCUUCUUCAUUAUAUUCAAGCCUGCACCAAUUAAAGUUAAUGUUUCAUAGAAUCCUUUCUAAAGAUAUGCUGUUUGGUAAGGAGGAAGUUUGAUGGCAUUAUAAGUAUAUAUAUUCAAUUCAUUCUAGCCACAAUUUGAGAAAGUCUAUCAUACUAGAUAAGAAUAUUUUGAAAGAGGUCCAUCAAUUGCAAGAUAUAAUGCUGUCUUUUAGCCAUAGUAUUGAAUGUAUGUUCACAUUAAAUAAGAAAAUUAAUAUAUAUAUAUAUAAAUGAGUACUGAUUCAUAUUAAUACAAACCUCAUGUCAUUAAUGUUUCUUAUACAGAAAUAUCACCUGACAUUCCAGAAUUCUUUACACAUAAAAGGCAUGUAUUUAUUAUGACAAAUACAGGAAGACCCAUAUAUGUUAGAUAUGGUAAUGAAAUAAAGGUAUUUAUUAAUUAUAAAAUAUCAAAAGUCUUCAAUAUUUUUAGCAACCAUUAAUGCAAUCUUUUAAAAGUUUCUUUUAUUCUUUUUUGAAGACAAAGAAAAAUAAACCUUAUUUAGGAUUUCACAUCAUAAAUGCAAUAUUUAUAUUCUACAAAGAAAUUAAAUCACUUAUAUUUGUUCAACAAGUUCUCUCUAAGUAUACACACUAGUUUAUGAUAGGAUUCUGAAUUCAUCAUUUAUUAAAUGUUGGAUUUUCUCAAUACAUAAUUGAUAUCCAUUGUAACAGAUUAAGCCAAUAUUCAUUUAACACAAAAACCUAAUUACGAUCUAGCAUUUUCUGUAGGAGGAUCCAGAAAUCUAUUAACUCUAGCUGUUAAAAAUGGAUUAUAUUCUCCCUGUAUAGCAUUUAAUUCAAUCUGCACUUUGCCUAUGACUGUCUCAUUGAGAUAAUUCAUUCAUAAUAAUCUAAAAGAAAUCAAAUUACCUAAUAUAAUAGCAUCUUUGUUAUUGACUGAAACCUUUGUAAUCGAUAUAUGUAGAUAAAAGAAUAUGGAAUUUAAGACAUCUGAUAUUUUGAUUAUAUAAAGUAUGAUAUAAGGAUAAGGUUAAUUGAAAAAAGGAGAAAAUUGGAUACCUAUAUGUUUACCAGGUUUAUCAGCAAUGGGAUUUGUUUAUGCUUACAUAUAUUUCUUUUAUUAAAAUAUAAUUGGGAUUGUAAUGAUUUCUGAUGAUAAUUCUUUAGAUAUGUUCACAAAAUGUAAAGAAGCAGCUUAAGUAUUAAUUUAGAAAUUCAAUUCAAAUAAUCUAUAAUAAACUCUAUCUUCAUGUCUUCAAAAUAAUCCAAAUACUCCAAAAUGUAUAGAUAAAUAACUUCAAAUAAAACAUUUCAUUGUAAAACAUAUUUAAGGAUAAGUAUACCUACCUGUGUUUUAAGCAUUUGGAAUAAAUAAUAAGAAUUUUAAGUUUUAUAUGCAAUAAUAUGGAGAAUUAUAUAAAGAUUUUAUCAUAGCUUAAUCACUUGGUAAUUAGGAUACUAAAUAAAAUUAUUUUGUAUGGGAUUCUAAAGGAUUUGGUAUAACAUAAUACCAUGAUGUAGUUGUAAGAAUAUUAGAAUUAUAAUAAGAUAAUGUUCUGUUUUAAUGAAUUGAUUGAGUUCCAAUAAAUGGUAUAGAAUGUACAUAUUCUCUAAAAGAUGUUCAGAACAGAAGAAUUAGGAUACUAUUUUAUAUUGAAACCAUCCUGA